UUUUCCACGCUGCGGCUGUGUUCACGCCGUGUUUACAGCGAGUCACUGUGCAGGAAAUGUAAAGUUAGCUGUAAAGCGCUUUGGCUGUAACCAAUAAAAUGUGGAAAAGUCUUGAAGUUAAUCUUGUUAUCCGUGUCAUGUUCUCUCUGACGUAGCUGGUGUCGCGGUGUGCUCUGUGUGAGGUCAGCGGGACUGUCCGGACCCUCCUGUCUGACUGACGGGGUGUCCGAGUCCAGACAUGCGCUCCCUCAGUUUUGUUCAGCGGGUGUGUCUCGACUUCACGGGCUCUCUGUUCCCGCAUGCUAUCUGCCUCGGAGAUGCUGACAAUGACUCGUUGAAUGAGCUUGUUGUUGGCGACACGAGUGGGAAGUUGUACAUCUACAAGAACGAUGACUCCAAGCCCUGGAUCACAAGAACAUGUGUGGGAAUGCUAACUUGUGUUGGAGUAGGAGACAUCUGCAAUAAAGGCAAAAACCUUGUAGUGGCAGUAGGUGCAGAAGGAUGGUUCCACCUGUUUGAUGUUGCUGCUUCUACGGGCAAAGUUGAGUCAUUCAGCCUGAUGGAUAUGGACGAGCAAAAGCCUUACUUUACCCAGCACAUCCCUGCCAACACCAAAGUCAUGCUCAUCAGUGAUAUUGAUGGGGAUGGACGCAAUGAGCUUGUCGUUGGUUACACUGACCGGGUGGUCCGAGCGUUCCGGUGGGAGGAGCCACAAGAUAACACCGACCUGAGUGGAGGUCAGCUGGUCUUACUGAAGAAAUGGCUCCUGGAGGGACAGGUGGACAGUUUAUCUGUGAAUCCAGGUCCAGAGGGCCUGCCUGAACUCAUGGUAUCUCAGCCUGGCUGUGGCUAUGCCAUCCUGCUCUGCUCCUGGACGCAAGAGGGUGCUGCAAGUCCUGGAGAGGAUGGCUCUAAUGCUUCAACUGGUGAAGGGCCCUCUAGAGACCUCAUUCUUCACCUCACCACUGGCCGCAUCCAUAACAAAAACGUGUCCACCCAUUUGAUUGGCAGCAUCAGCAGAGGGUCGAAGGACGAUGACUCUAAAGGAGGAUUGUUUGCUCUCUGUACUUUAGAUGGUACUCUGAAGCUAAUGGACAGUUCUGAGCAGUUGCUGUGGUCAGUGCAGGUGGACCAUCAGCUGUUUGCUCUGCAGAAACUGGAUGUUACUGGUGACAGGAGAGAAGAGGUAGUUGCCUGUGCCUGGGAUGGCCAAACUUAUAUCAUCGACCAUAAUCGCAUGGUGGUCCGUUUCCAGUUUGAUGAGAAUGUGAAUGCCUUCUGUGCUGGUCAGUAUGCAUGCAAGGAGGGCAGGAAUAGCCCUUGCCUUGUGUACGUGAGCUUCAGCCAUAAGAUCUAUGUGUACUGGCAGGUUGAGCUGGAGCGCAUGGAGCCCACCAGCCUGCAGAGAGUGCUGGAGGAAAGACCUGAAUACACAGCUCUACUCCGCAAACUAGGAGUUGACCCAACUGACACCGCUGCUGUUCGGAAGCUCAUUGGAGAUCUGCUCUACAGAGAUUCAGAAAGGAAGGCAGAAUUACCACAAUCAUCUUUAAACCCCACCUGCUCUGUGUAAAUAAUUCACAAAUAAAUGUAUUCAAGUCUUACUUUACUCCAUGCAGUCAUUCAUAAAAUCUUAUCAAGUGCGUGUAUCAAACAUGUACCAAACAUGCAUGUAGUCGCCAUGGCUGUAACAAGCGUGAUGACAGUAUGGGAGCCUGUUUCUGCCACUGAAAAAAAUGUCUGUCUGUUUAGUAAGUCUUAAAGUGUCUUGUACCACUGCAGUCCCUUGAGCCUGGAUAUGUGUCCGCAGGUGUGCGUGUGCCCUUGUUGUGUUUUGUGUGUUGUGCAGUGAGUUCUGCUCCUGAGCCGAAGGAUUUCUCACUCUUAAAGAGACCAUGUCAUGGACAACUGAGCAUUCUUUGCAAAUAUAUGAAAAGUAAGCUGCAAAAACAGCUCAUUUUGAAUUCAACACAUUGACGUGUGUCUGCACAUUCACGCUGAGGACUGCAGAGAGUCUGUAGAGUUACUGAAUUGGAAAACGAUUCAAAUUUGUUCCUGUUCCUGGCUGGUGUGAAGCAAAUCUAUCCUAGGCUUCUAAAGGAUUUCAAUGGCUGAAGCAUUUUUUUCAUGUCCCUAAGAAUUUCAGACUGAAGUUAAAUGAAGGCACAAUACAGGAGAGUCAAUCAGAGCAGAGGACGUUUCCAUACAUCACCCUUGAAAGGUACAGUUCCAAAAACAGAGGUUGGAAAUGGUUAACGUCAGGGACUCUGUAGUAGAUUCUGACACCAUUUGUGAUCAGUGUGAAUCCUGAGUGUUUUGCCCAGUGGUUGGUGAGGGUGGUAGGAAGGAAGCGGAUGAAACAUGACGUUACUGCGUAUUAUUGUUUUUUUUUUUUUAGAGAUGACAGUAUGUCAUACAGUGUCAGAAACCACAAGUCCAUUUGAGAUUGCUUAAUGUGAUUUGAAAUCUGUGAUGAAGUUGCCAAGCUGUUUGCACAAUUCAAAUUAGUAGGUAUAAGUAGGGAUGGGCAAUAUGGCAAAAAUGUCAUAUCACAGUAUUCAAAGACGAUGCACAGUUUUGACAGACACAGUGCACUAGUUGUGCCACAUUUAAAAACCGCCAACAAUCAUUUGAUUCAAGAUGUCACAUGCUGACCCACACAAAACACAACUGAACAGCACUAAAUAUGCUCCUGUAAUUAAAUAUGCAGGUGGUCAGUGUUCCACAAGUUUCCAUUGCUGCUGACCAGCACACCAGCAUCCUGGAAUACCCACCUCCAGGUAGAAGCUUACUUUUUAAGCUACAUUCGCCUCUUAGCAUAGAGUUUUUAGAAUGGCCUUUGUUUAGGAUUAUUAUUGAUGAGGGUUCUCAGAACAUUUGUACCAGAUUGGUCUUUGGACUUUGGCAUGAAAGUCCAAUUAUUAUUUUUGAUAAAUAAGUCAAUGAGGUAAAAGUCUCAGGAUAGCAGUAUAGUUUUUAACUAUUUGGCAUUUGAUGAAAUGUAAUGGAUCAUUAUAUAUCAGUUACUGGCUCUGCCUGUGUUUUAGUCUCAGAGUACUGAUUUUUUUUUUCCUGCGGUGCAGAUUGAUUUCUGCACUUCAAGGUUUGAGCAUAAAUGUCGAAACUCAAACAGAUUAUACUUUUACACAAAUUUGUAAUCUGUUGUCUUUAUAUUUUAAUUUUCCUGUAUUAGGUUUGGCUGUUUAAUUAAAGUGACUCAUGGGA